UGUGGCGAGAGUUCUGGGCGGGAGACGGGAGACUUGUGUUCCCCGCCCUGUUCACCUCUCUGGCGUCUGGACCUACGCAUGUCCACUCUCUGUUUUCCCAUCAAUUAGAGAGGUUUGGGGCGGGGGGGAUGGAUGUAGUCAUCCACCCCAUAGAGUGGCUGGGGCAUUAUAGGAGUUUUCAUUCUGGAAGUAAAAGUAUCGUAUCUUUGUAACCCGAUUAGGGUGUGCAGAGCGGUUUGUUGUUCGGGAAGCAGUGAGCACAUUUCAGUCCUAGGUUAUGGCCGUGCAAACGAUCUGCCCAGCCCCUGCACUCAAGGCACGGGUAAACAGUCCUGUGGAGCAUGGCACUGUCCCCCAGUAGGAGUGAGGAGAGAGGCGGUGGCAACACAGCUGUGAAGGAAUGCGCUGCACGGAUAUAAAGUCCUCAUUUACAUUGUUAUUUAUUAUUUAAAGGUGGCGCUUUUUCCUUUUCGAAGACUAACAGGAAAAGAAUCCAGAUGCCCAGCAUUCCGGCCUAGCUGGGACUUUACUGAAAGUGAUAGUGGUAGUCGGGGCUAGUGGGGAUGAGGACAGAGAGCGCUCCUGUGUUACAUGGCUGGACCCAGAAGGGUGGCUGAGAUGACUUCCCUCUUGCUGUUCCCCCUGAAGGUUGUCUUGGCGUUUGUCUGAGAGUAGUCCUGACUCCCGAAUGUGAAAGGCCUCUUGGUCGAGUUCUGUCCUGGAGUUGCAGGUGUGGAUGUUCCCUGAGAGAUUCCCUUAUUCAGUGGAAAUCAGCCAAACUCCCAGCCCCUACGUCAUGCCCCAGUCUUUGUGGGAGGAGGUGACCAGAAAACGAUCUGACAUCAGGAAUAUACACAAAGGACUAGACCGCAAAGUGGGAAGUUCCGAGUGCCAGCAGAGGUGUCAGGACGGGGAAGGACACGAGGCCAGAGUCAGUGAAACAGAAGAGAAAUUGGAUGUUACCGUUGGCUCCAUGUGGAUUAUGGCAGGAAAAGUGAAAUGGGUCACUGACAUCGAGAAGUCCGUGCUGAUAAAUAACUUUGAAAAGAGAGGAUGGGUCCAGGUGGCGGAAAACGAGGACUGGAAUUUUUACUGGAUGAGCGUGCAAACCAUCCGAAACGUCUUCAGUGUCGAAACUGGCUAUCGGCUCUCAGAUGAUCAAAUAGUCAACCACUUUCCGAACCACUAUGAGCUGACCCGGAAGGAUCUGAUGGUGAAGAACAUUAAGAGAUACAGGAAGGAGCUGGAGAAGGAAGGCAGUCCUCUGGCGGAAAAGGACGAGAAUGGAAAAUACCUCUAUCUGGACUUCGUUCCAGUCACCUACAUGCUGCCCGCCGACUAUAACCUGUUCGUGGAAGAGUUCCGGAAAAACCCCUCCAGCACCUGGAUCAUGAAACCUUGUGGCAAAGCCCAGGGCAAGGGCAUCUUCCUGAUCAACAAGCUCUCGCAAAUCAAGAAGUGGUCCCGCGACAGCAAGACAUCUUCGUUUGUGUCUCAGUCCACUAAGGAAGCCUACGUGAUCUCUCUCUAUAUCAACAACCCGUUACUGAUCGGCGGGAAGAAGUUUGACCUGCGCUUGUACGUGCUGGUGUCCACGUACCGCCCGCUGCGCUGUUACAUGUACAAGCUCGGGUUCUGCCGCUUCUGCACGGUGAAGUACACCCGCAGCACCAGCGAGCUGGACAACAUGUUCGUCCACCUCACCAACGUCGCCAUCCAGAAACAUGGGGAGGACUACAACCACAUCCACGGGGGCAAGUGGACUGUGAGCAACCUGCGGCUCUACCUGGAGAGCACCCGGGGCAAGGAGGUGACCAACAAGCUGUUCGACGAGAUCCACUGGAUCAUCGUGCAGUCGCUGAAGGCCGUGGCGCCGGUGAUGAACAACGACAAGCACUGCUUCGAGUGCUACGGCUAUGACAUCAUCAUCGACGACAAGCUGAAGCCCUGGCUGAUCGAGGAGAGAGGUUCAGGUUUGUCUGUUUGCCGAUGGUUGGAACUGAGCCCACUCGGAUCCCUCACCUCCAGUGAGCUCAGUCCACAGAUGAGAGCUCAGUGGCCCAGAUGCCCCAGGGUGGCCCGGAAGGUCAAUGCGUCCCCAUCCCUCAGCUCCAGCACUGCCAGCGACCGGGUCCUGAAGUACGGCUUGGUCAGCGACACCCUGAACAUCGCGGUCCCUGGUGGCAUGGUUCCGGACUGCAGAUGGAACAAAUCGCCUCCAAAGGAAGUUCUUGGCAAUUACGAAAUCCUUAACGUGAUGCUAUGCAUAAAUAUAAUUACUGAUGUAGAUUGUGAACGACUCCCUUGCCCAAAUGACAGCGCGAAAACAAUAUAAGUGAAGCCACCGUAACACGGAGCCGGAGCUGCCACCCCAGAGGAACUGCCUUGCACGUCUCAUGCCUCAAACCUCUGGAAUGUUAAAACAGGGCAGAAUAACCUUUGGACUGGGCCUGAAGAACUGUUUGCAAAGAUAACAAGAAAGCAGACAUGACUACCAGCCUGGUGGCCACUGGACUGAAAGUUAAACGCAUUCUUUAGAAUGAGUGUCACUACGGUAGCUUAUUGCACUAAUGGAAAUGCCCUCCUCCCGGGGAUGUGGUGUCCCCGUCCCUUUCUCAUGAACACCUCUUGCCUUUGUCUCCUGAUUGGAACACUGCUUGGGUUUCUGCCUCAAUCGGUGCUUCCCGAAUAGCUGUUCGUUUCUGAUCUCCAACAAACGCUUGUUGCCUGUCCCUUCGGCCUUUGCCUGGCCAUCUCCGCUCUCCCUUGGGACACGAUGCCCAUUCCGGCUGGAACAGUGCUCUGGACUGGCUCGGAGUUCCAGGCGUGCCUCCCACCUACCCACCCACAGAGCAGGGGGGCUGUGGUCGCGCAUCCACUCUAUCCCCAGGCCUGAGGUUCUGCCAACCUGGGGUAGCCCCCAGACAGUCAUCAAGUGGCGAGGGGUGAAGAAAAGACAUCUGAGAAGGGGUCCACAGAGGCAUUAGGGACUGUUCUAGCCGGAGAGACCACGAGUGGUGGCCUUCUGUCCUCUGACAUUGUCCCCGAGGAGGAGCGAGCAGCCUUGACGGCCCACAGCGGGCCUGGCCCGCGCAGCUCGAUGCCGUCCUGUGGGACGUGAACACGGACCACACGCGGGCAUCGUCCAAGCCACAAAGAUGACCAACCAUCCUCGGUCCCAGCUACACGUGUGCCUGCUGCCUCGCCCACCGCAGCUGUGGCCUCGCUGGCGGCGGCCUUCCGGGGCAGAUGAGGUUUGUGAAGACACCUGAUGGUAGACGCCCCCUCCCCUUCCCCGAGAACGGCCAAUCCAGAGCGAAGCCCCGCCUCCUCGGGCCUCCAGCAUCAGCCCGCACGCCCCAGCACCCCUUAGCGAGUCCUCCCUGACGCCCUCUCACCCGCUGCCCGUGGCUCCCAGGGGACGUUCUCCCAGACAGCAAGCCACUCACCCGUUCGCCCACCGGGGUGCUCCUGGCCGUCUUUGCAGGGAGAACUUGAGAAUGUGACAAUCUUUAAGGAUUUAGCAUGGGAACUUUCACUAGUUAGACAUGGCGAAGUUUAAAGACUGAUUUCUUCCCCGAGGUGGGCAGGGGUCCGGUUUAAUCUUGGAUAACAGGUAAACGCGUUUUUUUCCUCUUCCGGUUGGUGCUGCAGGUGCUGUGAGUGGGGAGCAAAUAACGGCGGUGGAAGCUGGCCCUGGGCGUUGGAUGUCCCUGCACAGGGACAAUGCCCCACCUUCGCUUUGAAGUUGGGGAAGGACCAGGCAGGCCUGGGCGCUGCUGGGGGCAAAGGUGUAGCUAUUUAACGUUUUUACAAGUUACAUUUCCCACAAAGCCUUAAGGGCCUACUCAAUAAAAAAAAGAAAUUACCAGCA